GGGGCGUGGCCCGAGCGUGGAGAUUCGGCGCAUGCGCUCAGCUCGCUCUGUGCCGCUGCCGCCGGGAGGCACCUGGAGUAUGUCGGCCCCUUUCGAGGAGCGCAGUGGGGUGGUUCCGUGCGGGACGCCUUGGGGCCAGUGGUAUCAGACCUUGGAGGAGGUGUUCAUUGAAGUGCAGGUGCCGCCAGGCACUCGCGCCCAAGAUAUCCGGUGCGACCUGCAGAGCCGGCACGUGGCGCUGGCGGUGGGUGGCCGCGAGAUCCUCAAGGGCAAACUCUUUGAUUCUACAAUAGCUGAUGAGGGAACAUGGACUUUGGAGGACAGAAAAAUGGUUCGUAUUGUUCUUACAAAGACAAAGAGAGAUGCAGCAAAUUGUUGGACUUCUCUUCUAGAAUCUGAAUACGCAGCUGAUCCUUGGGUGCAAGACCAAAUGCAGAGAAAACUUACAUUAGAGAGAUUCCAGAAAGAAAAUCCUGGUUUUGACUUCAGUGGAGCAGAAAUCUCAGGAAACUACACGAAAGGUGGACCAGAUUUCUCAAAUUUGGAGAAAUAGCUAUUUUUUGCUGCAUUCUGUGGACCCUAGCAGAUGUUGCCAACUUGUUCAAAGGAACAGAUUAUAUGGUAGAAGAAAAAUGUGGAUGCCUACAGUAACAAAUUACAAAAUAUAUUUAAGUAUGGUUCUAAAAAUUGCAUUCAAAUAUGAUUUACAUAGGGAACCUCUUAAAUACUGUGGUAACUAUUCUAUUAAUAUAUGAUAACUUUUUUUGGACUUGGUUUUGCUCAGCAUGAAGUUUCAUAUGAUGCAUUUUGCUAAUUUCAUAUUUAACCUAUAUUUUUAAUACAAAAAUUGUUAGGGUAUAGAUCAUAAUGAAAAGACAGGGUGCCUUCAGGAAAAAUUAAUUUUUUUCUUCUAAUAAGUGUGAUGUAGGAGUAAUGUUCAAUAAACUUUAAAAUAGGAAUUGUGUACCCUUUUGGCUAAGUAUACCAGUCCACACAAGGAAAUUAUAUUAAUGAAAAUUUUAGGAAAGAAAAAAAUCCGCAAGUAUAUUCUGAGUAAGUGAACUUUAAGAGUUAAUGAAAAUCUCUGAAUUAGGAUAUUAUUUCUUGAGAGAUCACUUUAUGUCAAUAAGCUGAAAAGUAGUUAACCUCACAGUAGGAAUGGAUUAAUAUGAAAAGAGAUUUGGUGAAGUGAGUAUGAUUAUUGGCCAAGUGUGUUGUUAGCACCAUAAAACAAAUUAUGGUCAAUGAUUAUAAAUCAGUGACAUAAUUUUGAUCUUCAGUGAUCCAGGCAUAGAAGUAAGAAUUGUCUUGAAAUUUUAUUUCAUCCUUUUUAU